AGCAUGCAGACUCAAUUUGCAAACAACUCUUACUCUUACAAGUCAAACAUUUCAGGUCAUGUUUCUUAUACAAAUAAGGACUAAUCAAUUGGCAGAUCCAAAAUCAUCAAGUAAAAAAAGAAAGAAUAUUGAGAAGAGAGUGUAAGUGUUGGUUACUCUAUAUGGGUUCCUUUUUUAUUCUAAUGCCUCAUUUGACCUUUCACUUGUUCAUGUUGUUGUUGCUUACUCAUUUUACUUCUUACACUUACUCAUUCUGCAACCAUCAUGACAGUUCUGCAUUGUUACAAUUCAAGAACUCAUUUGUUGUCAACACUUCAUCUGAACCCGAUAUUUGGUCUAUGUGUUCCACUUUUUAUUUCAGGACGGAAUCCUGGAAAAAUGGUGCAGAUUGUUGCGAGUGGGAUGGGGUCAUGUGUGACACUAGGUCAAAUUACGUGAUUGGUCUGGACCUUAGUUGCAACAAUCUGAAAGGUGAGUUACAUCCAAAUUGCACUAUCUUCAAGCUUAGACACCUUCAACAACUCAACUUGGCCUUUAAUAAUUUUUCUUGGUCUUCAAUGCAUGUUGGGAUUGGUGAUCUAGUGAAUCUCACAUAUCUAAAUUUAUCAAGCUGUUACCUUACUGGUAAUAUUCCCUCCACAAUCUCUCAGUUGUCAAAACUAGUGUCACUUGAUCUUAAAAGUUAUUACUGGCCGGUGGAACAAAAACUCAAACUCAAUAUCUUCACAUGGAAGAAACUCAUUCAUAAUGCUACUAAUUUAAGGGAGCUUUACCUGAAUGGAGUGGACAUAUCUUCAAUCAGAGAGAGCUCUUUGCUAAAGAAUUUGUCAUCCUCUUUGGUUUCUCUUAGUCUAGCAUCCACUGGAUUGCAAGGAAAUAUGUCAAGUGACAUCCUCUCUUUACCAAAUCUUCAAAAACUAGAUUUGUCAUCGAAUCAAGACCUUCGUGGUAAAUUUCCAACGUCCAACUGGAGCACUCCCCUAAGGUACUUGGACCUCUCUUUCUCUGGUUUCUCAGGUGAAAUUUCAUACUCUAUUGGUCAGUUGAAGUUUCUUGCUCACUUAUCCCUUACGGGGUGCAAAUUUGAUGGAUUUGUUCCUUCAUCUUUGUGGAAGCUCACUCAACUCACAUUCUUAAAGUUGGAUCUUAGUGACAACCAAAUAACAGGUUCGAUUGGUGAAUUCUCAACUUAUAAUUUGAGCCUUCUAUUUCUGUCUAAUAACAAUCUGCAAGGUGAUUUUUCAAAUUCAAUAUAUAAGCUUCAAAAUCUUGCUGCCUUAAGCUUGUCAUCAAACAACUUGAGUGGUGUUGUGGACUUUCACCAAUUUUCAAAUUUUAGAAAACUAUUUUCCCUUGAUCUUUCCUACAAUAAUCUUAUUUCUAUUAACGUUGGUAGCGGCGCUGACUACAUCUUACCCAACCUUGAUGAUUUAUCUUUAUCUUCUUGUAAUGUUAAUGGUUUUCCUAAAUUCUUAGCAAGUCUUGAAAAUCUGCAAGGAUUAGAUCUCUCUAAUAACAAAAUUCAAGGAAAAGUUCCUAAAUGGUUUCAUGAGAAGCUCUUACACACAUGGAAGGAAAUUCGAAUUAUUAAUCUCAGUUUCAACAAGUUGCAAGGAGACCUUCCGAUUCCACCCUAUGGAAUUCAAUACUUUUCACUCUCAAACAACAACUUCACAGGAGACAUUGCUUUGUCACUGUGCAAUGCAAGUUCCCUGAAUUUGCUCAAUUUGGCUAACAACAAUUUAACAGGAACGAUUCCACAAUGCCUGGGAACAUUUCCUUAUCUUUCUGUAUUGGAUAUGCAAAUGAACAACCUCUAUGGAAGCAUGCCUAAAACAUUUUCGGAAGGAAAUGCAUUCGAGACUAUAAAGUUGAAUGGCAACCAAUUGGAGGGACCAUUACCACAGUCUUUGGCUCACUGCACACAACUUGAAGUUUUGGACCUUGGAGACAACAUCAUAAACGAUACAUUUCCCAAUUGGUUAGAAGUUCUGCAAGAGUUACAGGUACUCAGUUUACGAUCAAAUCAUCUUCAUGGUGGAAUCACUUGUUCUAGCACCAAACAAUCAUUUCCGAAGAUGAGAAUUUACGAUGUCUCUGGUAAUAAUUUCCGUGGCCCCGUGCCAACAUCUUGCCUCAAGAAUUUUCAAGGAAUGAUUAAUGUGAAUGUCAAUAAAUCUGGUUUGCAAUACAUGGGUAAGGCCAAUUAUUAUAAUGAUUCUGUGGUGAUCAUAAUGAAAGGCUUUUCUAUAGAGCUAACGAGGAUACUGACUACUUUCACAACGAUUGAUUUAUCGAAUAACAUGUUUGAAGGAGAAAUUCCACAAGUCAUUGGGAAAUUAAAUUUUCUCAAAGGCCUUAACCUUUCACACAAUCAAAUCAUAGGUACCAUUCCACAAUCUUUGAGUAAUUUGCGAAAUUUGGAGUGGUUGGACCUCUCAAGAAACAACUUGAGUGGUAAGAUUCCUAUGGCUUUGACAAAUUUGAAUUUCCUCUCUUUUUUAAACCUUUCACAAAACCAUCUCAAGGGAAUCAUACCUACCGGCCAACAAUUUAACACAUUUGGAAAUGAUUCCUAUGAAGGAAAUGCAAUGUUAUGUGGAUUUCCAUUGUCAAAAUCAUGCAAAAAUGAUGAAGAUCGGCCACCAUAUUCAACGUCUAAUGAUGACGAGGAAUCGGGAUUUGGCUGGAAAGCAGUAGCAAUAGGAUAUGGAUGUGGGGCAGUACUUGGAAUCCUCUUGGGAUAUAGUGUGUUCUUCACUGGGAAACCUCAAUGGCUUGCAAGACAUGUUGAAAGCAUAUUUAGCAUAAGAUUGAAAAGGACAAACAAGAAAGUUGGUGCAAAUCGCAGAAGAAUGAAUUAGUUUCACUUGUUGAAUAAAUUACAUUGUUUUU